GAAAUGUUGACGCACACGGUCGUCUCACUGUGCCACCGAUUCGUCUUGCACCUAACGACGCGGACUCUGAUUACACAAUAGCUCGCAGUCCAACAAAAGGUCCCCCUUGUGGCAUGCUUGAUAGAUCAGCGGGACCUGUAACGACUUAUAAUUCUGGCGCAAAUGUUCCGUUUACAUGGCAAAUUACUGCAGCACAUUUAGGCACAUGUUAUCUUGAAUUUUCGCCUGGAAACGAUGCCAACUGGCAAGUUCUUGAUACGAAUCCUCAUUGUGCUGAUACAAAUGGUAUCUUCAGUGGCAACGCACAAUUACCAGCUGGUACCACUUGUGACGCAUGCACUUUAAGAUGGCGCUGGGAAGCUCAUAACACUGGAGAGGAAUAUAUUAACUGUGCGAAUAUUCAAAUUGGUGGAAGUUCCGCACAAAACCAACCAAACCCAUCUAACACUACAUCUGCAACAUCCCCUUCGACCACUCCAACUUCGACUAUUUCUACUUCGACCAAUCCUACUUCGACCAUGUCUGCUUCAUUCAAAGCAAACUCAUCUAUCACUACAUCUGCAACAUCUACUACGACCAAAGCAGCUCAAUCGUCUGUUAGUGGAGACAUGACAACUGAACCAACUCAACCACCUGCUAUGACAACUCAACCAACUCAAUCAGCUUCAUCUGCUAUGACAACUGAACCAACAUCUUCCAUGACAACCGAACCAACAUCUUCCAUGACAGCUAAAUCAUCUGCUGCUAACUCAGGUGAACCAACUUCAACCAAAUCAGCUCCGACUGCUGGAAUUUCAUCGCUGCCUCCAGCCAUGACCUCUGGCAUUCCACAGAAACCUCACGGAAAACCCAACUGUGUUCAACAUAAAGGUGCUACUUACUGCAGAAAAAACCAUGGUUGCAGUCGUAAAAAUCCUCAAGCUUGCAUGAAGAAAGACGGUGUUACCUUUUGCAUGAAAGGUUGUGACAAAGGUUCUAAACAUUAA